UUAAGGAACAUGAAUAAGGAAGCGCGGCAAAAGAAUCCUACAAUGAAAGCAGCUACUUACAGCACAAAUAAUCCAUACAUAGGAAACAACGUGCAUGAAAUGCAAGAUCUACACAACCAACAAGAGCACAUUAAUUCGGGUAACACCCCAGAUCCAUCCACGAAGGAUGUAACUUUUCCCAUCGGUGCCCCAGUAGAAGAAAAAGAGAAAAUGGCUCCUGAAACAAGUUCUUCCAAUAAAGCAACCAAGACAAUGAACGUCAAGUUUCAGGAAAAAGAUCUAAAUGUAAGCCAAGAGCCAACAUCAGCCGUCCACACACAAGCGAGCUCUACGUCAGAGAUCUCUGCAAAUAGUAUGGACGAAGACCCAAAAGAUAUUCCGGUACCUACACAAGAGACAUCAGGUGAUGGUUUCACCCUGGUUACAAAUAGAAAAAAAGAUAAUAGAAAAGAGAAAAGUCCCGUAGCAGCCCACGAUAGACAGAGCCCUUACAAAAGGCCCAAGAGAACGGAG